AUGCCGCCGCCACCUGCACCACUGUCCAAUAUCGACUGGGCCCGCCUGAGCCUGACCGUUGCUGAUAUUGUCAACGGCCACGUAGAAACCACCUGGUCUUCGGAAAACAAUACUUGGACGGCGCCAACCUUUGUCAAGGACCCCUAUCUGCGCGUGCAUGGCCUGUCUCCCGCGCUCAACUACGGCAUGCAAGCCUAUGAAGGCCUCAAAGCAAGCCGUAGCGCAGAAGAUACCAUCACCAUCUUCCGCCCAACCUUUCACCACCGGCGUUUGGUGCAGUCGAGCGCAGCUGUGUGCUUGCCCGCCGUCCCCGAAGACAUCUUCCUCAGCAGCAUCUCCCUGGCUGUUCGUGCCAACGCCGAGUUUGUUGGCCCUGGCGAUUCUGCUGCCGUCCUCUAUCUUCGACCUGUCAUCUUCGCUUCCGCACCCCAAUUGGCACUGGAGCCGUCCCCAACGUGUACUCUGGCCAUAUACGUUCAGCCUGCGACGACGUACCACGGCGUGCGGCCGGUGCCAUGCCUCGUUCUUGACAAUUUUGAUCGGGCGGCCACGCGCGGCACCGGCUAUGCCAAGAUUGGUGGCAAUUAUGCGCCCGUCAUCAAGUACAGCCAGGAGGCCAAACAAAAAGGGUUCCCCAUCACGCUGCACCUGGACAGCGAGACACAAAGCGAGAUAGAAGAAUUCAGCACAAGCGGGUUUGUGGGUGUCUUGAAAGGGGUGGAAGGCCGGGACGACGGGUGCGCCAAGGGCACUCUCGUAGUCCCAAAUAGCACACAAAUCAUUGACAGCGUAACCAGCGACAGUGUAUUGGCCCUCGCCAAGGAAUUGGGCUACAAGGUGGAGCGGAGGACAGUCAAAUACACGGAACUCGGGCAGUUUGACGAGGUUCUUGCAUUGGGGACUGCAGCGGGAGUGCUUCCGAUUUCUGCCAUUGUGAGGGAGAGCUUGAGCGACAGGUUCGAGUAUUGCCCAACCGGUGAUGCUGGCCCCGCGGCGGUCGAGCUAGCCAGUGCCUUGACGGCGAUGCUGAAAGGUCUGGCAGAGGACAAGAAUGGCUGGCGAUAUGAGGUUGCCUUCACGGAUUAG